UACUAUAUAACAAAUAAUUUGAGGAUGAAGGUUUUUGCUGUUUUCCUGUUGGUUUUACUGCUGGUUGAAUCCAGAAAGACGAGGAACAGAUCAAAGCUGGGGAGAACUCUGCCAAACUACAAGAAGUUUAACCAUGAUGUUGAGUUACUGCAGAGGCAGAAACGACGUUUGUUUUGGAAUUGCAAAGUUAAGAGAAACGUUGUUGAUAUAGAUUGUACAUAUUACGAUGCGGAGGGAGACAGACAGAAUAUCCCGGGCCAGUCCAUUAAUCCGGUCAAGUCGUGGGAGACAUUUGUCAGUCAGAAUGAGGACUCGGACGGUGGAAGUAGUUUCCAGCAAGACCACAACAAUGGUGGGAUGUCCACCAAGAGCACUGGAAGUGAGAGGUUCAACACAGUUGAAGUAAUCCCGGGACCGCGUGGACCGCAGGGACCCCCUGGAAUGUUGCUAUUGGAGGAAUUCGCUGAAACACUUGAACUUAUCAAAGAGGUGGACGGGGACAUUAAAAGAUCGAGAAAGGGAAGGUACAAAGCUGGGGGUCCUGUAUUGAAUAUCGUCUUCAGCAACGGAAUCCGAGCUGGCGAUCUGGACGGAACUCUGAACAAUUCAGAUGAAAGUGAUAAAGGAGGCUUCUUUGGCAGCCUGAAGACCGACAUCUACCUGCAACGACUCUCAAGACUUCAGAUCAGUAACUUCGUCAGACCACGGGCCUCCUCAACCUCCUUCAACUUCAACUCCCGGGUAGAUUUCGACCACCGUUCUGGUACCCUCAACGCCCGCCACACCUCAAUCUACAUUAUUUCUGCCACCAUAAACCUCCAUCGGAUGCCCGAUGACGUGACCGAGAUGCCAGACUUUGAGGACAACAUUACCGGGAGGAUCUGUAUGGAUGAUAACUGCUUAAUUUGGGCACUGGAGACCAGGACUCCUGUACUACAUACCAAAUAUUCUACUCUUAAACUGGAUGGAAUUGUCCGUGUGGAGGCUGGCAACAAAGUGUUCCUGUUUGUAGAAAACAACUCUGGUCUGAACUUCAAAGUGCUGCGAAGUUCCACGUUUUCAGCCUACGCUGUCGGAAGUGGAGGUUGACUCUGAAAAAUCCCGUCUUUUCCUUAGUCUUAGAUCAGAACCGUGAAAACUGCUUGCAAAACUGGAGCCAACAUUAGCUCCCUUGCCCAUGUGCUUGUGUAAACGUUGACCGAAUUGUAGAAAGAAAAUGUCUCGAACAAUUCUCAAUUCUACUCCGGAGAACAAAAAGUGUGAAAGAAUAAUUGGACACAAAAAGACUUGAUCAUUAUUUGUAACACCCACUGGAGUAAUUUUGUUAACUCUGGCAAAAAUGAGUUUUAUCAUUUUUUCUAUCUGUGUGCCAUUUUUGUUCUUAUGAUUACAUACUCAGUCGUAAAUCAUAAUUAAGUUUUGAACUUGAAUUAUGAAGGUAUGAACAUUCAUUUUUAAGAGUCAGAUUCAGCUUGCUUUUGCAUUUUUGUCUGUGACAGCAUAGUAUUACUAUUAGUUUAUCUGUUUGUACUUGUAUUUUAAUUUAUUUGUUACCUAUUAGUAAAAAACUAAAAUUGAAA